GGAAGCGAGAGACAGGGUGACGUGGGCCGAGCGGUGCGACACAAGCCGGGGAGAUGCUGACCAAGUUUGAGACUAAGUCCGCCCGAGUGAAAGGGCUGAGCUUCCACCCGAAGAGACCGUGGGUCCUCACCAGCCUGCACAAUGGGGUCAUCCAGCUGUGGGACUACCGCAUGUGCACCCUUAUCGACAAGUUUGAUGAGCACGACGGUCCCGUCCGUGGCAUUGACUUCCACAAGCAGCAGCCAUUGUUCGUAUCAGGAGGGGACGACUACAAAAUCAAGGUGUGGAAUUACAAGCUCCGGCGCUGCCUCUUCACCCUGCUGGGACAUCUCGAUUAUAUCCGCACCACCUUUUUCCAUCAUGAGUACCCCUGGAUCCUGAGUGCCUCUGAUGAUCAGACCAUCCGCAUCUGGAACUGGCAAUCUCGCACUUGCGUUUGCGUUCUGACGGGUCACAACCAUUACGUCAUGUGUGCUCAGUUCCACCCCUCUGAAGACCUGGUGGUAUCUGCCAGCUUGGAUCAGACUGUGCGCGUUUGGGAUAUUUCUGGCCUGAGGAAGAAGAACCUGUCUCCUGGAGCAGUGGAAGCUGAUGUCCGGGGAAUCUCUGGGGUGGAUCUGUUUGGGACGUCGGAUGCUGUAGUGAAGCAUGUACUAGAGGGGCACGAUCGUGGCGUUAACUGGGCUGCCUUCCACCCCACCAUGCCUCUCAUUGUAUCUGGAGCAGAUGACCGACAAGUCAAAAUCUGGAGGAUGAACGAGUCCAAAGCCUGGGAAGUGGACACGUGCCGCGGUCAUUACAACAACGUCUCGUGCGCCGUCUUUCAUCCCCGCCAAGAGCUGAUUCUCAGUAACUCCGAAGACAAAAGCAUUAGAGUGUGGGAUAUGUCCAAAAGGACUGGAGUCCAGACUUUCCGCAGAGACCACGACCGUUUCUGGGUACUGGCCGCCCACCCAAAUCUUAACCUGUUUGCUGCAGGGCAUGACGGUGGCAUGAUUGUAUUCAAGCUGGAACGAGAGCGUCCCGCCUAUGCCGUGCACGGCAAUAUCUUGUAUUAUGUGAAGGACAGAUUCCUGCGCCAGUUGGACUUUAACAGCUCCAAGGAUGUGGCUGUUAUGCAGCUAAGGAGCGGCUCCAAGUUCCCUGUGUUCAAUAUGUCGUACAACCCAGCUGAAAAUUCCGUCCUGCUUUGCACGAGAGCCAGCAACCUGGAGAACAGCACUUAUGACCUGUACACCAUCCCCAAGGAUACCGACUCCCAGAAUCCCGAUGCCCCUGAAGGGAAGCGAUCCUCUGGUCUGACUGCAGUGUGGGUGGCACGGAAUAGAUUUGCCGUCCUGGAUCGCAUGCAUUCUAUUCUCAUCAAGAACCUGAAGAAUGAGAUCACCAAGAAGGUCCAGGUGCCCAACUGUGAUGAGAUCUUCUAUGCCGGCACUGGGAACCUGCUGCUCCGGGAUUCCGACUCCAUCACUCUAUUUGAUGUGCAGCAGAAGCGCACCCUGGCAUCUGUGAAGAUCUCCAAAGUGAAGUAUGUCAUUUGGUCCUCCGACAUGUCCCACGUGGCUCUUCUUGCCAAGCAUGCCAUUAUGAUCUGCAAUAGAAAGCUGGAGUCCCUCUGCAACAUCCAUGAAAAUAUCCGUGUCAAGAGCGGUGCCUGGGACGAGAGCGGGGUUUUCAUCUACACGACCAGCAACCAUAUCAAAUACGCACUCACCACUGGAGAUCACGGUAUUAUUCGAACACUGGAUCUGCCCAUUUACAUCACACGCGUCAAGGGCAACAACGUCUACUGCCUGGACCGGGAGUGCAGACCUCGGGUGCUGACCAUUGACCCCACUGAAUUCAAGUUCAAGCUCGCUUUGAUUAACAGGAAGUACGAUGAGGUGCUGCACAUGGUGAGAAAUGCUAAACUGGUGGGACAGUCCAUCAUUGCCUACCUCCAAAAGAAGGGCUACCCAGAGGUGGCACUGCACUUUGUGAAGGACGAGAAGACCCGAUUCAGCUUGGCUCUGGAAUGUGGAAACAUAGAGAUCGCCCUUGAAGCAGCGAAGGCUCUGGACGACAAGAAUUGCUGGGAGAAGCUGGGGGAGGUGGCCCUGCUCCAGGGGAACCACCAGAUUGUGGAGAUGUGCUACCAGCGCACCAAGAACUUUGACAAGCUCUCCUUCCUUUACCUCAUCACCGGCAACCUGGAAAAACUGCGCAAGAUGAUGAAGAUCGCGGAGAUCCGUAAGGACAUGAGCGGCCAGUACCAGAAUGCACUGUUCCUGGGGGACGUAGACGAAAGAGUGCGGAUACUGAAGAACUGUGGGCAGAAAUCUCUGGCCUACCUGACAGCCGCCACCCACGGAAUCAACGAUGAAGAAGAGGGCUUGAGGGAGACUUUCGACCCAGAAAAAGAAAUAAUUCCAGAGGUUGACCCUGAUGCUAAGCUGCUGAUGCCCCCACCCCCCAUCAUGCCUCUGGACACCAACUGGCCUCUGUUGACCAUGUCUAAGGGCUUCUUUGAAGGAUCCAUUGGCAACAAAGGUAAAGGUGGAGCCCUGGCUGCGGAUAUCGAUGUAGAUACUGUGGGAGGUGAAGGCUGGGGAGAAGAUGCCGAGCUUCAGCUGGAUGAAGAUGGUUUUGUGGAUGCUGGAGAAAACUUUGGAGACGAGGUGGCAGGCAAAGGGCAAGAAGAGGGCGGUGGAUGGGAUGUGGAAGAGGAUCUUGACCUUCCCCCUGAACUGGAUGUUCCCUCUGGCCCGUCUGGCACAGCUGAAGAUGGAUUCUUUGUGCCCCCAACUAAAGGCAACAGUCCAUCGCAGACAUGGUGUAAUAACUCCCAGCUUCCUGUUGAUCACGUCCUGGCCGGCUCCUUUGAAACUGCAAUGCGGUUGCUCCAUGACCAAGUUGGAGUGGUGGACUUUGGCCCGUUCAAGCAACACUUCCUCCAUACCUUCUCCCGGGGUCGCAGCACCUACCAGGCCCUGCCAGGUCUCCCAUCCAUGUAUGGCUACCCUCAGCGCAAUUGGAAGGACGCAGGGUUAAAGAAUGGGCUUCCUGCUGUCGGCCUGAAGCUCAACGACUUGAUACAGCGCCUACAGCUGUGCUACCAGCUCACCACAUCUGGCAAGUUUGAGGAGGCUGUGGAGAAGUUCCGCCUGAUCCUUCUCAGUGUGCCGCUGCUUGUCGUGGACAAUAAGCAAGAGAUUUCCGAGGCCCAGCAGCUGAUCACUAUUUGUCGUGAAUACAUUGUGGGUCUGACCAUGGAGAUAGAUCGCAAGAAACUUCCAAAAGACACUUUGGAGCAACAAAAACGCAUCUGUGAGAUGGCCGCCUAUUUCACACACUCCAACCUGCAGCCCGUGCACAUGAUUCUGGUGCUCAGAACCGCCGUCAACCUCUUCUUCAAACUCAAGAAUUUCAAAACAGCGGCUGCUUUUGCCCGGCGACUCCUAGAACUCGGCCCCAAGCCAGAGGUGGCCCAGCAGACCCGAAAAAUAUUGUCCGCUUGUGAGAAGAACCUGACGGACACCUAUCAGCUCAACUAUGACAUGCACAAUCCCUUCGACAUUUGCGCUGCCUCUUACCGGCCCAUCUACAGAGGGAAACCCGUGGAGAAAUGCCCCUUGAGCGGCGCCUGUUACAGCCCCGAGUUCAAAGGACAGAUCUGUAGGGUCACAACAGUGACGGAAAUCGGCAAGGACGUGAUUGGAUUGAGGAUCAGCCCUCUGCAGUUCCGUUAAGGACCCAACGUGCGACCCGUCCGGGGCUGCCCUUUUCUCUGUAGUCAUUGUAGAAUGCGCCUUGUGUUGCAUGAUUUAACCCUUUUCUCUUUUUCCUGCCCUAGAAACUUGUCACAGUGUGUAUUAGCUGUGGGAAUAAACUAACUGCUCUGUUCUCUCAAGAAACAAGACCAAAUAAAGAUUAACGGAAAAAAGAA